AACAACAACAACAACAAAAAAAGAAAAGAAAGAAAAACUAUUUUCUUCUCUCUGUACCUUUCCCCCAGCAAAACCCACAGUUUGUUAAUUCCAAUUCUGUAUUGGAAUUCAAUCACGGAAAUUGAAUCACCCUUGUUUCAGUAUGGUGCUCGAGACAGUCUUUAUAAUUAUUCCCUUAAAAUUAUAAUAAUUCAGAGAGUUCGGAGGAUCUUGAAUUUCUGUGCACAUGUGUUCAAGCACUUCCAGCAGAUAAGUGUUCCAGUCCUCAUCAGAGUAGAUUCUAGGCAGAUAAUAUGGAACGAGAUUGGGGAAUCUGAUGCUGAUAGAGAGAGGGUGUUGGUCGAGCUCGAACAAGAAUGUUUAGAAGUAUACAAAAGAAAAGUGGACCAAGCGAACAUGUAUAGAGGAAAAAUGAGGCAAGCAAUUGCUGAUGCUGAAGUCGAGCUUGCUGCCAUUUGUUCUACAAUGGGAGAGACGCCUGUGCACAUUAGACAGACUAAUCCACACCGUGGAAAUUUGAAGGAUGAAUUAAAGGCCAUCCUUCCGCAGAUAGAGGAGAUGAGAAAGAGAAGGACUGAUCGGAAAAAUCAAUUUAUAGAGGUCUUAAAUGAGAUACAGUGUAUUGAAAAAGAAAUCUAUAGGUCUGAUAGUUUAGCUUCAAAUGACACAGCAAUUGAUGAAUCUGAUCUUUCAAUAAAGAAGCUUGAAGAAUUGCGCAAAGAACUGCAGGAGCUUCGGAAAGAGAAGAGCGAACGCCUGAAGCUGGUGUUGGAUGGUUUGAGCUGUUUAUGUUCACUGUGUAUAGUUCUCGGUUUGGACUUCACGAAAAUUGUCGUUGAGAUUCACCCGAGUUUAGCAGAAGCCGAAGGCUCGAAAAGUAUCAGUAAUGGUACUGUAGAUAGACUGGGGACAGUCGUACAACAACUAAGACUGCUUAAAAUACAGCGAAUGAAGGAGUUACAAGAUCUUGCGGCUUCAUUGUUGGAGCUUUGGAACCUGAUGGACACGCCAGCUGAAGAGCAACAGACAUUUCAGAAAGUUACUUGUAAGUUAGUUGCUACAGAGGAUGAGAUAACUGAGCCCGACAUGCUUUCUGUCGACGUUAUUAAUCAUGUCAAGAAAGAAGUUUCUCGCCUGGAAGAACUGAAAGCAAGCAAAAUGAAAGAAUUUGUUUUGAAAAAGAAGGCAGAGCUAGAAGCUAUUUGUAGGAUGACACGUCUUAUUCCGGAAAAAGAUAGUAACAUGGAAGCAGCAAUUGAUGCUCUUGAAUAUGGUGAUGUUGAUGCUGUGUGUUUACUCGAGCAAAUUGAGCUUCAAAUAGCAAGAGUUAAAGAGGAUGUUAUAAGCAGGAAAGAAAUCCUUGAAAAAGUCGAGAAGUGGGUGGCAGCAUGUGAUGAGGAGAGCUGGCUUGACGAGUAUAACAAGGAUGAUAAUCGUUAUAAUGCUGGAAGAGGGGCUCAUGUUGCUCUAAAACGGGCUGAAAAAGCUCGUGCAUUGGUCAGUAAACUUCCAGCAAUGGUGGAUGCAUUGACAAUAAAAGUCAUAUCUUGGGAAAACGAGGAAGGGCGAGAGUUUAACUACAAUGGCGUACGUCUUCUUUCUAUGCUUGAAGCUUAUAUGCUUAUGCGGGAAGAAAAGGAAAUAGCGCGGAAAAGGCAGAGGGACCAAAAGAAGAUUCAGGGACAGUUACUAGCAGAGCAAGAAGCUCUUUAUGGUGCCAAGCCAAGUCCCAAGAAGAUUCGAAGUGUGAAAAAAGAAGCUCGAUUUUCAUCUUGUGGUGGUUCAACCAAACGAAAACUCUCAACCGGUGCACCUAUGCUACAGACUCCUAAGCGUGAUACAUCAUAUACUUCUGCAAAAGCUACUCCAAAUACACUGAAGGCAAAAACAAACAUGCACGUGAAUAUGGGUCAUCUCAAGGAUGAUGGAUUGGCCACUUCAUCUUCCGGUAGGAGAGUUUCUAACAUGACCAGUCUUCCUUUUAAGCAUUCACCAAAUACAGUAUAUGCCCGUGAACCAAAUUUUCGAAAGCCGUUCAAUCCUAUAUCUGCCACUAGCUCAUCUUCAAAGUCCAACACAAAGACUAUUCCCAAAAAUCUGCACAUGAAAAACAAAGAGAAAUUGCAGAAGCCACUUGCUUACACUCCUCCUCGACAGAUUACUCAUAAUAAAGGACAGGAAAACAGAACUCCCAAAACAACGGGAGUCGCUUUAUACCCAACACCUUCAACGGCAUCUAUUCCCAUGCAGACCACAAUAACCCCGACUCCAGUUUUGGCAGCCGUAAAGCCUUCUUUUACUACAACAAAUACAGUUGAGGACGAGUUUGAGUACUCAUUUGAGGAAAAGAGGGCUGGGUUCGUGCUGCCUAGGUCGAUGAGUUCAGCAAUGAAAUGUUGAUCUUGGCCUUUUUAAGUUAUUUUUUUUUUAGUUGUUAGUUUAUAAUUGCAUUCUUUCAUAUCUUGGAUUUGAGAGAUCGAGUAUUUUUCUUAUUUUAUUAGUGUUUUUGGGUCUUGUGCAUAUGCUAUAUAGUCUGCAGGUUACUGAAUAGUAAGAGUGCCCUGGAUGUGAUUAUCUAAACCUACUGUGAGUUCCUUGUUAAUAUCUAUUUGGAUCUUGCAACUUGAUGGGGAAUGGUUUCUCUAAAGUGUUUGGGAUUCACAUUGCCCCACACACACACUGUAACCCCCGAUUUUCUAUUGGCGACCUUAACAUUUUUAAAGGGCGUUCACGAAGUUUGAAAACAAUACACGAGUCAAACUCAACAUUUUAAUUUUAAAGCACAAAGGUAUUUCAACACUGCUUGCGCACUC